AUGCCUGCACAAUCCAAAAGGAAGCAUCAUGGUACAAACAAUCUUGAACUGCUCGCUGAAGGAAAACAAGAUCGGGAGUACAAACGAAAAUUAGAUAAAAUUUCAAAGGACAAGCAAGAGAAGAAGAAAAUGACGUUUGCAUAUCUAAAAACAAUCAAGAAAAUGGGAUAUGAUUUUGAGGAUUCAAUUACGGAUCAUAAACGCAAGUUGGAGAAGAUACAAAAGAAAAAAGAAGCAAGAGGAGAUCCGUUUAAAAAAGAGCGAGAGGAGUUUGAAAAGAAGAAACAACAACAGCUUGCGGAGAAUAAAGAGAGAUUAAAGAAAAAAGAAGAAUUACAAAGAAAACACGAGCAGCGAGAACAGAAACGAAAACAAAUGCGCAGAACCAACAACCGAGGCCAACCAGUUUUAAAAUAUCACAUGAACCAAAUAUUGAACAAAUUAACAAGCGAGAAGAAAUAG